AUGUCCCAACACAUUGAUCUUGCUGAAUUCCUCUUCAGGCGCCUCUAUGAGGUCGGCCUACGGGCUGUCCAUGGUGUGCCUGGAGAUUUCAAUUUGACCGCGCUCGACUACAUCAAACCGGCUGGACUCGAUUGGGUUGGCAACUGUAACGAACUCAAUGCUGGGUACGCAGCAGAUGGAUACGGUCGGAUCAAGGGAAUUGGGGCACUGAUAACGACAUACGGCGUGGGUGAGCUUUCAGCAAUCAACGCCAUUGCGGGAGCCUACGUGGAGCGAAGCCCUCUCGUUCACAUCGUGGGAACUCCGGCGCGUGCUCUGCAACAGCGCGGCGCGAAACUGCAUCAUUCGCUUUGCAAUGGCAGCCCAGAUGACUACUCCGUCUUUGCCGAGAUGUGUGCCAAGAUCACCGUGGCCCAAGAAAACUUGAUGGAUGCGUCGGCGGCAACAUACCAGAUCGACCAAGCGCUGAUCACCUGCAUUCAGCGCAAGCGCCCAGUGUAUAUUCAGCUCCCGGCGGACAUGGUCGAAGCGAAAGUGCCACUCUCGGCGCUUUCAAGGCCAUUAGACACAUCCCCCAGCCCCAAUGAUGCCGAUGCUGAGAAGGCUGCUGCCGAUUUGAUCAUUUGGAGAAUCAGUCAAGCAAAGCAACCGUUCAUUCUUGUUGAUGCGGGUGCUUCACGUUAUGGUAUGGCGGCAGAGACGAAUGCUCUCGUCCAAGCGACUGGGUUUCCCACCGCCACAACCCCAUUCGGAAAAGGCAUCGUGGAUGAGACGCUGCCAAAUUUCCACGGAGUAUAUGGCACCGUGGGGGAUCAUGUUUAUGUCCCCUGGGUAGAGAAAUGCGACCUAGUUCUCUACAUUGGCCCGUUCCAGAACAACGUGAAUACGUACUAUUUCAAAACAAUCCCGGAGCCAUCCAAGACAGUCACCCUGGAUGAAGACUCUGUGGUGAUCGGUAGCUUGAACAAUGAGGCCCAGAAAUGGCUUUUGCACCCCGCAGGCGUUCUUCGUCAAGUCCUUGCUCAACUGGAUCCCAGCAUGCUUACCCAGUACGCCGAAUACCCGGAUCUGCCCAACUUACGGGCUCACCUGGACAACUUGGCUGCCCCUCAACCUUCUGACCUCCUUACACAAGACACGUUCUGGAGGCGGAUUUCUAAGUUCUUUGAGCCCGGAGAUAUCAUCAUGACUGAGACUGGUACCCCCAGCACCGGCGGUCGUGACUUUGUGUUACCACAACAGACGACCCUGGUCAACUCGGGUGUUUGGCUCUCUAUCGGCUACAUGCUCGGAUCCUCGCAAGGAGUAGCUCUCGCCCAGCGAGACUUGGCAGCCGAGGGGUCUCGAACGGGCAGAACUAUCCUGUUUGAGGGUGACGGUAGUUUUCAAAUGACUGCUCAAGAGCUCAGCACUAUCAUCCAUAAAAGACUCGACAUGAUCAUCUUCCUGAUAAAUAACGACGGUUACACAAUCGAAAGGCUUGUUCAUGGCAAAGACGAAGUGUACAACGAUAUCGCGCCCUGGCGCUACCUCGAGGCUCCUCACUGCUUUGGAGCACCUACAGAUGGCUCGUACAAGACUACGACGGCUCGAGCGUCCAAUUGGGGGGAACUCAUGCAGAUCAUCUCCAAUGACGACUUCAAAUACGGUUCCGGACUUCGUAUGGUUGAAAUAAUGAUGGAUAGAAUGGAUGCACCGGUGAUUUUAAAGCGUCUAUUAGAGAGUUACUCUGCCUCUGCGAGUUAG